AUGGCAAGUGAAAUGCAAGUCCAGCUCUCCGCAUUGAAAGGGGGGCAUCCCCCUGCAGUAAAAGCUGGAGGAAAGCGAAUUUCCAAAAAACAAGAAAUUGGCGUCUUGGAGAGACACACCAAGAAAAUGGGAUUAGAGAAAACAAGUGCCAUUGCAAAUGCUGCCAAAAUACAGACGAUGGAUGCCCUGAACGAUACGCUGGAGAAGCUCAGCCAUAAAUUUCCAGCAAUAAUGCACAUGGCACACCAAAAACCCAGACCUGCUCUGGAGAAGGUCACUCCACUGAAAAGGAUCUACAUUAUUCAGCAGCCUCGAAAAUGUUAA